UGCUAUAAGUUAAUGCCUCUCAUUUACCCAUUCACACACGCAGUAAUAUAUUUGGGGAACAGACAGAUACCAAAAACAACGAAGAAACCUCUGGCAGAGCCAGGCUCAAAGUGGAUGUCUAUAUAUAUCUGCUAAAUCAGCCGUGGUGACAUAAUUCGCCGUUACACCACACCAACCGGAUGUACAAACAUGAGGAUGACAGGGGAAAACAGUGCUGGAAACUCGGAAACAACGAUGGAGGAUGUAAAAAGUCUAAUUAAAAAGAAAGAUGACAUUGAAGAGCAGAUAAAGGCAUAUUACGACGUUUUGGAAGACCAAGGUGUCGGUGUUGAAGGUCCCCUGGUUGAUGCAGAGGGCUUCCCCAGAGCAGAUGUUAACUUGUACCAGAUCAGGACAGCGAGACACAGCAUUUCCUGCUUGCAGAAUGAUCACAAGGCCAUCAUGUUGGAAAUAGAGGAAGCUCUGCACAGGUUGCACGCUCGAGAGAAAGCCAAGCGUGAUCAGGAUGAGGCGGAAGCCCAGGAAGAGGCGAUGGAGCAGCAGGUCACCCUGCCUUCUCCCUUCGCACGGGUGGAUGCUGUCACACAAGGAUCACCCGCCUGUAGAGCUGGCCUGCGAGUUGGAGAUGAACUAAUUGAGUUUGGUUCUGUGAACACAGACAACUUUCAGAACCUGCAGAACAUUGCCUCUGUGGUACAACACAGUGAAGGGAAACCAUUGCGUGUCGCAUUGAUCCGGGAUGGUCAGAGAGCUCAGAUGAGCUUGACUCCACAGCGAUGGUCAGGCAGAGGUCUGCUGGGAUGCAACAUUGUUCCAAUCCCUAGAUGAUCGCCAUGACUCUGCACAGCACUGGGAAACCUCUCUCCCACUUUUGUUUUCUCUUGGUGGCUUCAAAGAAAUUAACUGACUUUGUGCACACUGCAUAAAUUCCAAUAUCUUAAUCAAAACUAGAACUAUUUCCUUCAUACAGGGGCAGUCUUUAGUUUGGGAUAUAUGAAAAAACACUUCGGUUACAGAAGUCGUGCUGAGUUUACUAACCUUUCUACUUGAUACACUGAAUAGAUUCCUACUUGUUAAAACAAUCAACUUUAAUAGUUGAAGGUUUUUCCCUCAGAGGAGCAUGAAUGUACUUCGCCAAAGUUGCAAUGAAUGAGUUUUUCUACAUAUUGUGUGCAAGUGGUAAUUUUGGUUCAAGAGUAGCAUGAAAAAACAGUCACUUGAAACUUUCGAAAAAAAUUGAUUCACUUUGCAAUUAUCAUAGAGACAUUAUCAGAUGUUAUGCGAGUGAUGGAAAAAUCAGGGAGUGUAAGAUGAUGGAUCAUUACUAAGAUGUUCAUGUGACAUACAAUAUUUGUUUUGAGUGAAUUAUUCUUUCACAUACGACUCACUGUACUCAUUAAGU